AAACCGGAAAUGACGUAUCCAAACACCGGUUUCCGUCACUGCUGUCGAAAAGUGCUGUAAUCCUCAUGCUUUUUUCCAAAUCUGUCAUAACAUGGAUAUAACAGAAUUACAUUUAUUAUAAACAGGUAAAGAUGAUUCGCAGGUCGAGGAUCAGCGUGCGGCCCAACGUGAAGCCGGUGGGCAGAUCGGCAGCAACGUCUCGGGAAACUCCCCAGGAAAGCGAGACUCCCGUUGAGGUCAGUAAUGAUGCAGGGGUCAAAGCUGGAGGUCAGAAGGUCGCCCCAGAGGUCAAAGCCGAUUGUACUGUUCUGGCUGCGGAGACGAGCGAAAACGCAGGAAGCCAGAACGGGGAUGCGACCGACCAAUCAGAUCUCAGUGUGACUGCAGCGGACGUGUCAGACCAAAGAGCAUCCGCUGUAUCUUUAUCUACGAGAAGAAAACGUUUUAGUGUCCUGCCCAACCUCAGUAAACCCAGAAGUACUCCAUCCUCCUCCCUCACCUCCUCUAAGCACUCUAAAUCUCCAGUUGGACCUAAAUCUACCCCUGAAAUACCUCCUGUUUCCCUUCUCAAUUCUCUUGAUGAUAAUCAGGAAUCUGCACCAGAACUGCUUUCUGUCUCCACCAAAUCACUUCGAUCUCCUGCCCCUAAACUGCCCUCUUCAACCAGCAACAAAACUUCAAGGUCCUCUACAUUUAUCAAUCAGGCUGUAAAUACUACAGAACCUACCCCUGAGAAAACCUUAUCUGCCCCAGAAUGUACCCCAGAGCUGCCCCCUGGUCCUAUCGCCAAAUCAGAAGGCAAACCAAAGCGGAAGAAACCCAAACCUGUAACUCCGACUCAGGACAGCGUAGAAACAUCACCAGCCAAUCAGGAUCCAGCAGAAUCCUCUCAGUCUGAUCCAGCAACUGUUUCCAAGUCACAGAAUGAACCUAUCAUCCAGGAUGGAAGUGACUUGAAGUCUUCAGGGAGCAGUAAGAAGCCCGAGCAGCACGUCCCCCAGGCCCUGAGGACCCUGAACGACCCAGCGGACCGCCUCAGGUUAGCGAGGGCCAAAAAACUCCGAGAGCUUCUCAAGAAAGAGAUGAAUAAACAAAAGCAGAAGGAAAAGCCCCAGAGACCACAGACUGGAGGGAGUGAAAUAAAAAGCACAAAAGAUCACACUAAAAUGACCAUGAGAGACCUCAUCUACUACCUUCCAUCUACUAACCCAAUGAAGUCGCACACUGAAGACGAGCAGAGAGCCGAGACGGAUUUUUCUUCUUCUCCAAAAGCAGUUUCAGCUGUACAGUGCACAACAGAACAGAAUGCAGCGGAGCAGGAGGAAGACGAGGAGCAAGGAGGAGAGGAGGAGGAACCUAUGCUGGCUCCGAGAGUGAAGGUCGCAGAGGAUGGAUCUCUCAUCAUAGAUGAGGAAAGUUUAACUGUACGGGUGCAGAGGAUGAAGGGACCGAAUCCGGUGGAGGACAGAGAUCCAAUAUUCGAGCGUGGCUCCACCACCACCUACUCCAGCUUCAGGAAAGGCACUUACACGAAACCCUGGUCCAACCGAGAGACGGACAUGUUCUUCUUGGCCAUCAGCAUGGUGGGGACGGACUUCUCCAUGAUCGGGCAGCUCUUUCCACAUCGCGCUCGAGUAGAGAUUAAGAACAAGUUUAAAAAGGAGGAAAGAGCAAACUCCUGGAGAAUAGACAAAGCAUUCAAGGAGAAACGGCGCCUGGAUCUCGAUUUCUUCAACAAGCUCCUGGCGCAGAUCCUCAAAGACGAAGAAGAGAGACGCAAGAAGAAGAAGCGCACCUCUCAAAUGGACAAAAAGGUUCCCUGCCGGAGACCAGGAGAGAGGAAGAGGAAGAUCUAUUCAUCAGACUCCGAGGAGGAUGGGAGCUCAGGUAGCGACACAAUUGAUGGAGAGAAAGAGAAAGAAAAUGUGUGUGAUGAUGGAGGGAGCAGUGCUGCUUCGAAAAAAAAGAGAGCAGGAGCGUCACAGAGGAGAAGUAAACAUGCAAACCAAUCAGCUGAAGAUGAAGUAGAGGAGGAGGCUGAGAAAAUCACUAAUGAAGAGCCGUCAGCUGUUAUUGAGUUGAACUCAGCAGAAGAGGACACAGAGAGUUUUGGUUUUAAACCAGUGCAGAGAUGGAGGAAAAAAAGCCCUGUGUUGCAGAGAAAAGCUGAGGACACACACACCUCAGGCAGGGAGAAGAACACCAAGGAGUCUGACUCAGACACUCCUUCAGCCUCGGUGUGGGAGAGGAAGAGACACACUGCUGAUGUCAUUUUCGGUGGCUUGCAGGAUUCUGAGGACGAGGAAGAGCCUGAUCUCACCACCAUUCAGGAGCACAUCCUCAACAAGCCCACGAGGUCGGGUCGGAUCCCCAAACUCUCUCAGCACAUGAUCCGUGCAACAGCAGAUGAAGAGGAUGAUGAGGAAGAGGAGCAGCUCCCUCCUCUCCCUCAUCCACCUGACGUUUGGUGUCGGGGCUCUCAGCGUAACGUGGGCAGAUCGGUGCAUGUCCCACGCAGGGGUAAAUCCAGACUGGUUACGUUGCGUGCCUCUCCGACUGAGGAUGAAGAGGAGGAAUACGGAACAUAUCAGGAUGAAGAAAACGAUUUCACCAACGUGGAGGAGGAAAACCAGGCCUUCGUGCCUAUGGGACUGCGCUCUGUCACUGUGGUCCAGGCUGAUGUGGAGGAAACCAUGGAGGAGCUGGACAUCUCAGUAAACGUUCCUGACAUCUUGGGAAUUUCCCAGAAUGCCGUGUGUCCUGAGUCGUCCUGUGAGAGGGCGUUGGCCCCCAUGGGCUCUGUCCCCUGCGAGCAUCAGCUCAACCUGCUCGUCGAUGUGAUUGAAUUUCUGACUCCGGACCACAUGGAAGUGUCUGAAGAAGCAGCGAGGACUCUGCUGACCAUCGGGCAUUCUGCUCACAUCACCCAGUCUGGAGAACCAUCCAGUACAGGUGAAAUCAUCAUUGUCGAAAAUUCAUUAAACCAUGUCCAUGAAGAAGUUCUUGUGGAAACGAUGGAUCAAUCCCAGACUGAGUUUGAACCUUGUGUUGUGACCUCUGACCCUGCCUCAGAAACCGAUCUAGUCAUUACAGCAGAUAAAACUAUAACGCAGAGUCCUUCACAUGACUCCGCCUCUACGGCAGAACCAAUCAGCUCUCAGGAAAGUUCAGACCCCUCUAUUGAAAUCCAACCAGAAACUUCAAGCAUCAGCGCUCCAGAACCAACAUCUUCAAAGACACAGAGGAACCUUCUGCCCAAACACAAAUCCAACAUGAGAAAAGUCUCCAGAACCACACUAAAGGAACCUGCAGAAGCACUCGCCAGUUCUUCAGAAAAAAUCAGCGCUCCAGUGAAGGGUGAUGAAGAAGCAGUGGAGUCCCACUUAUCAACUCCUAAGGCACCUUCUCAUCCAGAACCUGAGGAACACCUCUCAGAAAUCAGUGAAGAACAAGAAAAAUACAGAAGAGAAGAUUGUAGCUCUGUAGUGUCACUAGAGAAAAAGAUAGAGGAUGGAGUAAUGGGGGAAGAAACGCAAGAAGCGCACAGUGAGUCUAUCCCAAGUUCUUCAGGUUCUGAGUGCUCUGUAAAACCCUCUCAGUCGGUCAGAAGGUGUCGAGGGCCCAAACCCAAACCUAACCUGGUGCGGAGUGUCAGAACCACACACACUGUUACACACAUAACUCAGAACCUUCCAGCAGUUCCCAAUGAGAAACCCGCUCCUGUAAAUGCUUGUACUGAUAUUUGGCAGCCAGAGGAGGGCGCUCACGUCAUCUGUGAGCCGAAAGGAGAAACUCCAACAGACCCUGUAACGGUGAUUCCUGAGGCCGAUCCCGAGGAACUUCCUCCAUCUGCCUGUGAGCCGGUGUUUAUUCUCUCUCUUACAGAGGUCCUGCCCGCUCUUACAGAAGGGGCGGGGCUUGUGGCUGACCCUCUUCCACUUUCUGCAGCACCAGGAUCGCUCUCUGAACCAAUCAGAGCCACUGAAACCCCCACCGCUGAUGUGGAAGGUACAGGUCCAGCCGGAGAUCAGGUUUUUUCUCAGCUCCUCACCGAUCCAUUGAUUCCAGUCUCCGAGGAGCGAGAGACUGAGAAUAGAGAAAACGAGUCAAGAAGAGGGAAGAAGAAGCAAAGCUCCAGCCAAGCCAGAAGAGGAGAACAUUCUCCUUCAAUGCAGAAAAGUUCUGCUCCAGAGGAACCUGAUGAACCAGCUGUGGAACCAUCAUCAUCAUCAUCAUCAAUUUAUAAGCCUGAGGAGAACAUCAAGGAGACAGAACUUCCAGCCAAGAGAGCAAACUUUCUGAAAGUAGCAGAAGAGGAAAACUACAGAUCAAACCAAAACAAACUCCGAAAAAACCCCGCUGUGUACUUUCAUCUUCGGAUGAGACGGCAUCAGUACCCGCUUCCUCACGCGAGAUGGCGUUAGAAGACAUGGAACCACGGCCGCUCGAAUCAAAACACCUUUUAACAGAAGCUCCAUCAUCACACAGUUUGGAUGAAAGUAGCAAAGCUUCCACUGCUGCAACAACGUUGCAUCCACAUGUCAGAGCAGAGGCUCCGCCCCCUCAGAUGCCGUCGUCUUCUCAAGGCAUUGUAGAAAAUAUCAGGAAUCCACACACUGGCCCUGUGGAGACUUGUGGGGUGCAUGUGGGGGUGGAGUCACAACCUGUCCAACAAAACACACACCAGGCUUCUACUGGACCUCUGAUGAGACCCGGAAGGAGACCCAAAGGCUUCCUGUCCUUCAUGUCCAGUACGAGCGUGCAGAGACCCUCAGAGUCUUCACGGGUUCCUCAGAAACCCGCCAUCAUUAAGUCUUGUGCGGGGCGGAGACGAGCCGCACUGAGCACCUCAGCUCCGCCUCCAACUUCAUCCCUACAGAUGAGCUCAGAGCCUCAGGCCGAGACUUCAAACGCAGGAGGAGAAAAUCAAGAGCCCACGAGUGUCUCGGCAUUCUUCUUUAACGACAUCUUCACCGUGGUGGACGAACAGGGAGAAACCUGAGGACACGUUACAUUAGGAAUAACAUCAGCGAUCACAUGAUCAGCGAAAACACCAAUCAGCAUGUAAUCUGGCGGUCAGAGGAUUUGCCAUUCUUCGUUUUUACCUCGAAAUUCUACAAAGCACUGAAAGUGUGUCCUUUUAUUUCAGCAGAUUCUUGGUUUUGGGUUUUGGUUUUGCUGUGAUCAUCACCACAUCCCUGAAUUUCAUUAUCGCAGCUUCAUUACCCACGAUUCCUAAACAUCUCAACGAUGUGUGGCCUGCAACAUUUCUUCUAGUUAUAAACAUUAAUAGAAAUUUCAAAUAUACGAAAACAGGAACAUCUGGAGAGACAGUUUCUAUAGUAACAGCCUGAUCACAGGGAUUUUUCUUUCCUUUUUCUCCUUUCCUCAUUUCUUCUUUCCUUCCUUCCUUCUUUCCUUCCUUCCUUUUAUCCUUCCUUCUUUUCUUCUUUCCUUCUUUUCUUCCUUCCUUUCCUCCUAUAUAACUGACAGCAUUGCAAUAUUUGUAAUCUGUAAACUUUGAGUUUCUGGAAUUUAUUGGUGUGUGUGUUUUUUUUUUUUUAUCAGAGAAAGUGAUGAAGACUUAAUUCUUUACUGCGUGACGAGUGAUCUACACUUCAGCCCACGUCGUGUUUGGGGUUUUGUUGGAACCACAAGGUCUCCUGAUGCUCUCAGGCUUCUUAACUAGAACACUGAGAUUUUCUGGUUUUUAAGUAUUUUAGGUUGCACCACUGUCUGGCUCGACACAUCUGGAGUAAAUACGAGGUGGAAUCAAAAAGUUUCGAGACGAGCUCUGUUUUUAAGAAAGUGUGGGAACGUAGAUAAAUAAAGUACUUUAACCUUCAAAAUAGUUCCCUUCCACAGUAAUCCAGUGCUCCAUCAAAACACAGAGCUGGAUCUUCAUCUUCGGGAGAGGGCGAAGUCCACAGGAGCCGAAUCUGGAGAGUAGUGUGGGUGCGGAAAUGAGAUCAUGUUGUUUCCUGUAUGAGAAGGAGCUCGGUGACAGAGUGCACACCAGGUCAGAACAGCAGACGUGGUAACAGCACCAGUUGCACGGCUCUCGAUGUACACAGCAUGAUGUCUCUUGUCACACUGACUUAUGAAGGUCGGUGCUCCCUGUGACUGUGCGUGCAGCCUUGUGCUGCCAUCUGUUGGCGUGUAACGAAACUAGACUUGAAACCUUUUAAAUAGCAUGUUGUACAGUGCUGUACGUUUCUCCUCCAGAAUGUAAAUAUGUUAAUAAACUUUUAUUUGAUUUGAUUUGA